AUGGAUGAUUUUAGUUAUGUGAACGUGAGUCCUAGUCUUAGCUUUCACUAUUCACAAGUUGGUAAUGGUCUUGAUUCUAUUGAUUUGUACAUCAAAUUCCAACCCAGUCAACAAACUGAGGAAGUAAACGCUCCAAGCGAUGACGAAGACGCCAAUGAUCCACAUGUCAAUGAUCCACAAAUACCAUCUAUAAUACCCAUUGAAGAUGUCGAAGAAGACGACGUCGAGGAUGAAAACGAGGCACAGGCCGAUCAUUACUUUACCUCUUUGUUUGAAGAAGGUGAAUGCGACCAUGUUGAACAAGAAGUCGAAAAUGCCAUUCCAAUUAACCAAGUAUUUUGUCCGCCUCCGCACAUGACAACUUUGGGCGUGAGCUCUGGCCAAACAUCACUUGAAUGGCCAUGCAUUCCCCGUAUUCCGAAAGAAGGUGACAUUGAUGUGGGUAACAAAUUUAAGAACAAAGUUGAUUGUGUGUUUGCCAUUAAAAAUUACCACAUGACACAUUGCCUAGACUAUAGGGUGAAUAUCUCGGAUAAGAAAAGGUAUCAAAUAAGUUGUAGUAACGAUUUGUGCAAGUUUCGUCUGGUGGCAUCAUAUCAGAAAAGGAGUGAUUUAUGGGAGAUUGGUAUCAUGACCCCGCCGCAUAGUUGUUCAUCAACUAUCCUUAACCAGGACCAUCGGAAAUUGAGCUCGCAGUUGAUGUCUCAAAGCUUACUGCCUCUUGUGGACAAAGAUCCUUCAACAAAGGUGAGCAUUUGUAUAAAACAUAUUGUUUCGAUAUUCAAAUUCACACCAUCAUAUAGGAAAGCAUGGAUUGCUAGGAAUAAAGCAAUCGAGCAAGUCUACGGUAAUUGGGAGAAUUCAUACAAUGAACUUCCACGUUACUUGUUAGCACUCCAGAAGUUUGUUCCUGGUAUGGUGGUAGAAAUGCAAGCACUUCCUAUAUAUACAAAUGACGACACCAUUGUUGCUGGUCAAGUAAUGUUCCACCGAUUAUUUUGGGCAUUCCAACCAUGCAUAAGAGGGUUUGCAUAUUGUAAACCUCUACUACAAAUUGAUGGCACCUGGUUAUACGGGAAGUACAAGGGGACCCUAUUGAUGGCAGUGGCACAAGAUGGGAAUAGUAACAUUUUCCCUGUUGCUUUUGCACUUGUUGAAGGUGAGACAGCUGAAGGUUGGGGGUUCUUUCUAAAGAACUUGCGAAGGCAUGUUGCUCCUCAGCCUGACUUGUGUUUGAUAUCGGACAGACAUGCCUCGAUUGAAAGUGCUUACAAUAAUCCAGACAACGGUUGGCAAGAUCCACCUUCUGUCCAUGUAUAUUGUAUCAGACACAUUGCACAAAACUUCAUGCGGGAAAUCAAGGAUAGAAACCUCCGUAAAAAGGUUAUUAAUAUGGGUUAUGCUUUAAACCGACCCACGUUUAAUUAUUACCGAGAUGAAAUUGCCUCCACUAACGUUGUUGCGCUAAGGUGGGUAGACAACAUUCCGACACAAAAAUGGACGAGGGCAUUUGACGAGGGUCGGCGCUGGGGUCAUAUGACAACAAACCUCGUCGAGUCAAUGAACUCAGUUUUUAAAGGCACCCGCAAUCUACCCAUUACAGCAUUGAAAAACUGCAUGAAGGUGAUGAAGGAAGAAACACUAAAGUCCAACACACAUCAGGUGUCAAUUUUUGACUACCAGCAUCACACUUUUAGUGUAAAAGAGACAAUGGACCAUGGUGAGGGGAAGCCUAUGGGACGUUACAAGGUCAACCUACAAGGUGGUUGGUGUGAUUGCGGAAAGUUUCAAGCUUUUCGUGUUCCUUGUUCACAUGUUAUCGCUGCGUGUUCCAAGAUACGCCAUGACGCAUACGGUCUUCUGUCCACCGUUUACAAGGUUUCAAACCUUUUUGGGGUUUACAGUAAUAGUUUCCCAGUGCUGCCAUACGAUGCAUAUUGGCCCGUUUUUGAAGGAGAUCUACUAUGCCAUAACCCUAGCAUGAGAAGGAACAAGAAAGGUCGCCCAGUAAGCAGGCGUAUAAGAACGGAAAUGGACACAAAUGAUACGUUGGAGAGAAAAUGCACCUUAUGUCGUCUUCAUGGUCACAACCGAUCUCGAUGUCCCAACGCCGGAGCUACUACCGAUCUCGAGUUCCACAAAGAAGGUCUACUCGAUUAG